UUUCCACAGCGUGAGUGCAUCUCAGUCCAUGUUGGCCAGGCUGGUGUCCAGAUGGGCAAUACCUGCUGGGAGCUGUACUGCCUGGAACACGGGAUUCAGCCAGAUGGGCAGAUGCCAAGCGAGAAGACGAUUGGGGGUGGAGACGACUCCUUCACCACCUUCUUCUGUGAAACUGGAGCUGGGAAACAUGUGCCCCGGGCUGUCUUUGUGGACUUGGAGCCAACUGUGAUUGAUGAGGUUCGUACCGGCACUUAUCGUCAGCUUUUCCACCCAGAGCAGCUGAUCACUGGCAAGGAAGAUGCUGCCAACAACUAUGCUCGUGGACACUACACCAUUGGAAAGGAAAUCAUUGACUUGGUGUUGGACAGGCUCCGGAAACUGGCUGACCAGUGCACAGGACUCCAAGGAUUCUUGGUCUUCCACAGCUUUGGGGGAGGCACCGGCUCAGGAUUCACCUCUCUACUGAUGGAACGGCUUUCUGUUGACUAUGGCAAGAAGUCCAAGCUGGAAUUUGCCAUCUACCCAGCUCCUCAAGUUUCUACAGCGGUAGUGGAGCCCUACAACUCCAUCCUCACUACGCACACCACCCUCGAGCACUCAGAUUGUGCUUUCAUGGUAGACAAUGAAGCCAUCUAUGAUAUCUGCCGCAGGAACCUGGACAUUGAGCGCCCAACUUACACAAACCUCAACCGCCUUAUCAGCCAGAUUGUGUCCUCCAUCACUGCCUCUCUGCGCUUUGAUGGGGCUCUCAAUGUAGACCUGACAGAGUUCCAGACCAACUUAGUGCCCUACCCACGCAUCCACUUCCCUCUAGCCACGUAUGCCCCAGUCAUCUCUGCUGAGAAAGCCUAUCAUGAGCAGCUGUCAGUGGCUGAGAUCACAAAUUCCUGUUUUGAGCCAGCCAAUCAGAUGGUGAAAUGUGACCCCCGCCAUGGCAAGUACAUGGCUUGUUGCCUCUUGUACCGGGGUGAUGUUGUACCCAAGGAUGUCAAUGCUGCUAUUGCAGCCAUAAAGACCAAGCGCAGCAUCCAGUUUGUGGACUGGUGUCCCACAGGCUUCAAGGUGGGCAUCAACUACCAGCCCCCCACCAUGGUUCCUGGUGGAGACCUUGCCAAGGUGCAGCGGGCAGUGUGUAUGCUGAGCAACACCACAGCUAUUGCUGAGGCCUGGGCCCGCCUGGACCACAAGUUUGACCUGAUGUAUGCCAAGCGGGCCUUUGUCCACUGGUAUGUGGGGGAAGGCAUGGAAGAAGGGGAGUUCUCUGAGGCACGGGAAGACAUGGCUGCCCUGGAGAAGGAUUAUGAAGAGGUGGGCAUUGACUCGUAUGAGGAUGAAGAGGAGGGAGAAGAGUAGUUGCAGGUGGCUUACAUUGCCCAAUUCACCCUCCUGUAAUUAAAUACUUAAAUAAAAUAUUUUGGCUUUUAA